GGGCUGCUCCUCGCGCCCCCCAAGCAGCCUCCCCCACCGCAGCAGCAGCAGCAGCCGCCGCCCGCAGCGCCGAGCACCGAGCCCGCGGCCAAGAUUAAGGAGCUACACUUCUCCAACAUGAAGACGGUGGACUGCGUGGAGCGGAAGGGCAAGUACGUGUACUUCACGGUGGUGAUGGCCGAGGGCAAGGAGAUCGACUGGUGCGCGCAGGAGCAGGGCUGGAACGCGGCGAUCACGCUGCAGAUGGUGCAGUACAAGAACCGCCAGGCCAUCCUGGCCGUGCGCUCCACCCGCCAGAAGCAGCAGCACCUGGCGCAGCAGCCCCACGGCCCGCGUCUCCGCAGCGCCUCCAACUCCGCCUAGCGCCGGCGGCACGGCGCCCCGAUCCGCUCCGCGCUGCUGCGCCGCACUGCGCGGGGCAGCGACCGCAGCGGUACCGAGCGCGGCGCCUGGAGAUGGAGCCGGGCGCGGCCCCGAAGCGUUUCAGCCCUUUUAUUUAUGGACCUCGGGACGGAGCCUCGGGUAUGACGGGACUUCGGGGAGACGUGAUGUACUGUAACUUUAUUUUAAUGUGUUUUAUUUAUUAGGUUGUGGGUUUUUGUUUGUUUGUUUGUUUUUUCCGAGGCUUGUUUGCAAGGCGUUUCUGAUUGUAGGCCGUAGCCAAAAAGCAAAGGAAAGAACAAUGUAUAUGUGCUGGCUGCCUAAGGAAGCUCUGUGUAGUUUGGCCACGCAAUUUGAGAGAAAGCGUUCUUCAUUUGUGCCCCAAAUCACUGUAUUCUGCAAACACGGGGCAUGCAGUGCGUGGUUGGAACGUGGCUGGAACCUGCACUGCGCGUGGAAACUCUUCUUUCCGAUAAGAAGAAAAAUUAGGAUUUAGGAUUUAAUAAUUCUCUUUCAAAACACGCGGUGGCCAACAGCAACGCUCUGUACACGCUCGGUUAUUCAGUAAGAGUCACGGGUGGUGGUUGCCGGGAGGUGAAACCCAUCUGAUGGGUGCGUGAGCCGGGGGGCCCAGCCCCAUCUCCAUUGUGUAGGGUCACAGAUAGGUUCUACCUGGCUCUGAAGCUGCUGGGGAGCAUUAGGAGCUUCCCUUAGCUCCUGGGGCUCCCUCUGAAUGUGCUGCAGGCUUUCCACCUUGGUUGGAUUCUCAUGGCAGUGUUUAAAUGUCUUGCAUUAAAGCAGCCUCUAGUUUAAAAUUCAUCCUCUAUAUGUCGUAGUGAUCAAAUGGAUUAUUUUGGUCACCGUUCCAUAAGGUGAAAGUUGCUCUAUUGGUAUUUAGAGCUGCCAGAGGCGUGUGACCUGCCUGACAAAGCACUGACAAAGCCACGAAGUUGGAGAACAAAGGUGCAUCCCAUAGGGGGGUUGGCAGCUGGCUGUGGGGAGCUGCCGGUCCUGGGUGCUGUGCAGAACGGGGCUGUGCUGGGGAGCGGGGAGCAGCACAGCCCGGCCUUGUGGGCUCAGGGCCAUUGGUGGUAACUGAUGUGUGAGGAGAACAGCAGCGAGCUCCUUUACGAGUGUGGUGAACGUAAACAAGAUCUCUUGAAGCCAUGCAUCCAGGACUUCUCUGCUUGUGUAACUGAGAUGUGGUCUGUUUGUAAAACCCUUCAGUCUCAUGGUGCAAGCUGUUCUCUAAGCGCUUAAAGGCAAAACUGAGCUGACACUGACGGAGAAAUCAGAACCUGCUGCUGCACAAGGUGGUACUUCAGGGCCCGCUGUGCACCCUCAGCUCCAGCCUAGCCCCGUAUGGAGCAAAUGGUGAUCUUUUACUGUUCUCCUCUUCCACCCCUUGCUGCAGGUGUGCGGGUUGCAUCCCCAGACACAGACCUGGUGCUGAGUCCUGCCCACUCCUCUGCGGCCGCUCCUCUGUGCUUGGCCCUGCGCUGGCCUUGAAAACACUAUGGCCAAGCUGAGGGGGCAGGUUACAGCUAUCCUAACAGAGCUGUCACUUGGGGACUAAUUGAAGUCGAAGGUGCCCUGCUUCUUCUAGGAUUAGAAUCGCUGUCUUGGCAAUCACAAUAGCCAAUUACCACAUCUCUGUACAUCUGCCAUUAUCGUUCUGCUAAUGCUUGGAUGUUAGAGCUGCGAGGGGAUUCUCUAACGAGCUGGUUGGAGACUUAAAAAUAGGCUGUAAUUUGUAAUUUGGCUCCUCUCUUCAGUCAUUAAUUACGGUGUACUGAGCAACUAAUCCACCUUUCCAGAUAGACAUAUCGCCGGUAGCUCACCUACUAAAAUGUGUUAGUCUCCUGAAGAAUAAAUGUACAUGAUGAAAAACGUUCCUACGUGAUCAGAGACAUGCGCAUUUCUCUGGCGGAGGCAGGUAGCCAUAUUCUACGUGAACAUAGAACAUCAGAGUUCUACCAAAGUCCAUAGAUCUGCUGUGAAGCUGAAAUUUCACUGCUCUUCUGGAGAUGUCUGUAGCUUGAAAACGAAAGAUGACAAUUUCAGUGAUGUAAUCGAGACUGAAGGUUGAAAAAGCAAAGGAAAUUGAAAAUGUCGAGGUUGAUGGUUCAAGGUCAAUGUUGUAUUUCGCCUCAGGCUUCCUGUUUUAAGUUGCUUUGAAGGAUGCUCUCCAAAAGCCAUUUGGACUGUCGAGUUCACUGACAAACUUUUGCCUGUUACCAUUGCCCACUGCAUUGCCUUUGUGAAACUCCAGAGUCAGACAGUCACAUCACAGCACCCACCUCGGGCUGUGCCUGUGUCUCAGCCUGAACCGAUGGCCCAAGGACACCCAGUGUCUGCUGGCAACUCCUCCUGCCGCAAACCAAAGGGAAGCGAUCAGCCAGGGUCCCCUGGGGACAGCUGCACCGUGUGGCUUGGGCCGCGUCAGCAUUAAGGAGGCUGCAUGGUCUGACGUCGUCAGCCCCAUCGCUUUCUCGUGCUCUAAAUUCCCCAGUGUCCAUGGCUGAUAGCCAUUUUAGACCCAGAACUGGUUUGAUGUUAUGCAGUGAGAUAGUUCUGCUUUUUUGGCUUCCCUCUGUUCCAUUGCACAGUCUUCAUUGGAGCUGCACGGUUAAGUACUGUCUGUCAUGCCUCGUAGGAAAAAGCUCUAAUAGCCAUCCCUGAAGAUUCUUUGCAAGAAAAGGAGUCACUGUCCCCUUACAAAAAGAAAACAAACAAAUGCACACAGUGUAUGGUUGAUGUAAAUUUCUCAGAGAUUAAACAACAAUGCUAGUAAAACAUGAAUGGGAGACCGCUUGGUAUGGGUAACAAAAUUGUUGACAAUUGUCAAUCGAAGGUUGAAACUGUAUGUCUUUAUUUAAAAAAGAAAAGAAUGGCUGAGGGGCAAGAUUCAACAAGAAAAUUCAAGCUGUGGUGCCUGUUUUGUACCAAGGAAAUACAGAAACGGGGGGGAAAAAGAACGAUUGAGUGGAUGUGGUCCUUGUGACAUCCUGAAGUAAUUCCUCUCUUAUGGCUCGUGGUAUGCACAUGCCAGCUUCUGGGUUAUAGCUGCGGCGAUGUACCAAAUGUUUUCUGGCAUAACCUAUUGUGAGCAGAAAUGUCAGUGUCAUCAAAAAACCUGUGUGUAAAUAUGACUCAUAAAUGAUUUCUGAGAGAUGUGAUUUAUUUUUCAUAUUUUUCAAGAUGCAUUCCAUUUCAAAUAAAGAGGUAUCUAUUGAAAGAA